AUGGUGACAUCUAAACGAUCAUGGCCCCGCCGAUCCCAUGCGCUGGGAGGAUGCAGCACCUGCAGACGGCGGCAUGUGAAAUGUGAUCAGAAACGGCCCGUUUGUCGUACCUGCCGAGCCUUAGGCGUGAAAUGUGAGGGAUAUUCCGAUCAGGUCCUGUGGAUACGCACCGAUAGCGAGGAGGGGGAGAGUACUCGUGGGACUCGCCGGUAUCUUUAUUCAGUGUUAACCCACGUUUUAGAGGAAUCCAGACUUUCUAUGAGCACUGCGCUUGGGUCGGACCUUAUAUCAGGCUCUAUUGAUGCAUCACUGGCAGAGGUUGACUCAAGACUGCGAGACCCUGAACGGUCACUUGAUGGUGACAUUGUCAUUGGACCCUUCGCGGUUCUCGAUUUCUCUUCAGCACAAAAGCCAGUGGGAGAAUUGGUGCAUGAAACUGAGCUUUCCAAGUCUGAUACAAGUUCUGCAGUCGAGGCCGAUGAGACUGUAGCUCCUGAGAAACUGCAAGAGCCUCCUCUCUCUCCAAUACUUGAUUCUCUGUCUCAAAUUGAUGACUUCCUCCAUUGGUCCGAUCUAUUGAGCUUUGGCCUAGAACAGACAGAAUUUACAACAAACGGUGCUUCGAGUAUGCCGAAUGAUUUAUCCUUUGAUAUGAGCCAAGAGACGGGGUUGUUACCCGUUGACUCAAAUCACAUUGAGGAUCUACUGCAAACUUUCACAACGCAACAGACACCAGCAGAUCUUAUUUCCGCUGAUAUAGAUGCACUGAAAGAUGCACCGUGUCUGCUUAAACAUUUCCAGGAUAUGGUGAUUCCACACAUAAUGGCCAUUCCAUGUCGACAAAAGUCGCCUUGGAAGAUUUUGAACGUGCCGGCGGCGGUGGUUACAUAUAGUGACUCGACCUUUCUCGGGACGGAAAGGAUCAGUCAUGCCAAACUUGCAAACUUGUAUGGGUUGCUUGCCUGUUCUGCUAUUCACCUUGUUUUGAACCCCUCCACAAUAUCGACAAAGCCGGCUGAGUAUUGGUGGAAGACUGCCAACCAGGCGUAUCUGCAAGCUAAGGAUCAUAUGCAAACGUCUUUGCAUUCAGAAACCCAAGGUUUAAAAAAAGCAAAAUAUAAAGACCAACUGAUGGCUGCAUGCAUUCUCAUACAGUACACGAUCAUGUCCGGCCAACAACAACACGCCCGAUGUUUUAUGAUUGAUGCAGAGCGGCUAUUACGCCUUCGAGGACUUUCGAAGACCCGAAUUUCGAAAAAGGCACGGCUUUUGCAUCACGUCUACACCUGGCUAAGAAUAGUCGGCGAAAGCACAUUUGUUCUACAUGACUACAACCUCUCCUCCUCCUCCUUCGAAGCACUUGGAUCACGAUUUCAAUCACAAUAUACACCGAACUCGGAAGAAAUGGGAAACACCGAGCCAAACCCCCGGCUGGACGAUUUCCUCCGCCUCGAAACGCAGAACUCGGAUAGUGACCUGAAUAUCGAUGAACCCAAAGACCAAACUUCGGGACUUCACGACAUCCACCUCCAGGACUCGCGAAGUUAUCCCGAAACAUUAUAUAAGCAAAUUUAUGGCAUCCCAGAAACCUGGCUUAGCCUUGUCUCGCAAACAACGAGACUUGCCAACGUCUUGGAGACAUUCCGUGUUGCCCGUGAGGCGGGUCAGACCAUGAACCUAGAAGCAUGGGAAACACUACAGCGACGUAGCACGCGACUGGAGAAUAUGAUUUGCUCUUUCAGUCUAGGCCGAACAAGAGCCGGAGUCUUGGAGCUCCACGCCGACUCAAAGCCGCAUGGGCAUAUGGUGGCGGCAUUGAAUGCAGCUCUAGUAAUUUUCUUUUACAAACGAAUCCGACACACCCACCCUACUGCUCUGCAGGGUCAUGUUGAUAGUGUUAUUGCAGCGCUUCAAGCGUGCAGUGCUACAUUGACUCAAGAUGAUCCCAUCGGACCCGGGACGGCGUGGCCGUUGUUUAUCGCAGGAUGUGAGGCAAUAUCAACCGCAAGGCGAGAGGCGAUCAUGAGCCUGUUGGAUAGGGCGAGUUCAGUAUGCGGAUUUGCCGCUUUUGGAACGGCUAGAAAUAUUAUAAAUGAAGUGUGGCGCAAGCAGGAUGAGCAUCUGACUGCGAACCGGGGUGAAUCGAUGCCAUCGUGGGUUGAUACCGUUAAGCAAGGACAUACAUGGCCCUUGUUUUGUUGA